GGACAAACAGGUGUGUCCUUUCUGGUUGAGCAAACCUUCUAAAUUCUUAUUAAGGGAAAGUACAGAAUUUGGAGCGCCAAACAAAAAUUCAUUUUUAUUUUUUACCAAAAACGACGAACAAAUUUGACAGCCGUUUCACAAUGACUCGUCAGCAUAACGAAUCCAACAAUUAAUUUUCAGCACUCAGACUCUCUCAGGGCAGCGUUGAUAUACCUACCAGUAAAUCUUCCCUCACUUCCCCCCAGCAAAAAUCAGCAUCUCUUAAUCAGCACACACACUCACACACUAGGAGGGAAAAGAAGAAAAACCUAACGGUCUUAAGUCGUUGGGAAAUCAGAAUUCGAAUUCGCAGCUUUGUGCAAUUGUUCUGGGGGAUAAGCAUUCCAGUGAUCGCCAGGAUUUUUUGGCAGAAUGUCUGUAGCUUCCGAGACUUGAUUGACUUAGAAUGGAUGAGAAUUGGUUGGGGGUUUUUUCUUUAACGAUUGUUUGUCUCUGAAGGUAGUGGAGGAGGAGGAUUGUCUUGAAAUGAGCAGCGGAGAUAGGCCGCCGGUGCCGGCGGGUGUUACGGUUAAGGACCUGGUGGAGGAAGGGAAGAAGCGGAUUGUGUUUUUGAUCGUGUGCUUGUUUGGACUGUCUUAUCUGAUGUCAUUGACCAGCUCGUCAGUUUUAGUAAAUGUACCUGCGGCUGCAGUCAUGAUAAUCGUCUUUAGGUAUUUGUCUCUGGAUUUGGACAUGCGGAGGAAAGCUGCCACCUAUAAAAGCGCACCGUCCCCAGUUACCACACAGUUGCAGAAAAAGCCUUCUGAAAGUUCUGCAGUUGUUAUUGAGAAGUCAGAUUGGAGGCGAAAAGUGAAUUCCCCUUUAGUUGAGGAAGCAAUAGAUAAUUUCUCGAGACAUAUGGUUUCUGAAUGGGUUACUGAUCUGUGGUAUGGUCGCAUAACUACUGAUAAGCAAGGCCCACAAGAGCUUGUCCAGAUCAUGAAUGGUGUAAUGGGGGAAAUUUCAAGUCGCUUGAGAAAUGUCAACCUUAUAGAUCUUUUGACAAGGUUACAAAAGACAAUUCUGACCAAUUCUCUUAACUUUUGAAAUUUGACGCAAUUGAUGCAGAUUAUUUGGUGUGACAUUGCAGGGAUAUGAUCAAUAUCUUAUGCUCUCAUUUGGAGCUGUUCCGUACUACUAAGGCAAAGAUAAAGACACAACACGCCGGACUUUUAACCAUAGAUGAAAUGGACAAGGAACUCAAAUAUGUGCUAUAUACGGAGAAUAAGUUGCAUCCAUCUUUAUUUUCUGCCGAAGCUGAGCACAAGGUUCUCCAGCGUCUUAUGGAUGGUCUCAUGUCUCUCACAUUCAGGCCCAAAGAUUUGCAGUGCUCUUUGUUUUUUUAUGUAGUUAGGGAGCUUCUUGCUUGUGUAGUAAUGAGACCAGUGUUAAAUUUAGCUACACCCAGGUUUAUUAAUGAGAGGAUUGAAUCACUGGUCAUUUCCUUAAGCAAGACCGAGAAAGGAACUGCUGCAGCUGAAUCAAGUUCCCAUCCUAAACAAAAUGGAUCCACGAAGACAUCACCUGAUCACAUUUCUCAUUUUCUUGACCCUUCUUCCAAGGGAGUUGAACUUGUGCAGUUGAAGAAAGAUCAAGUUACAGAAAGUGACCAGAAGCGUGGCACAGAGAAUAUGAAUGGUAGCAUAGCCGCAAAAGAUCCACUGCUUUCCAUGGAUGCACGAUCUACUCGUUCUUGGAGUGCUUUACCGUCUGAUAGUCAGACUGGUGAGGGAAAGGGCAUCCAACGUCAUCGAUCUGGUGGGGAAUGGGGUGAAAUGUUAGAUGCGUUUUCCCGAAGAAAAACUGAAGCCCUAGCUCCGGAACAUUUUGAGAACAUGUGGACGAAAGGAAGAAACUACAAAAGAAAGGAUGAUACUAAUCCUUCAAGUGAUCAAGCACGAGAUCAGUCGAAGAAAUCUCUGAAACAGAAAGAAGAUGUAGAACACAAGGUUUCUGGGGUCAAUAAGGGAAUUGUGGCGAAUAUAUCUUCUUCUCAGAGUGAAAGCCAUCAUUCCCGAAGAGAGGAAUAUGAUAAUUAUCUGAUGGACUCAGAUGAGGUGGAAUCAGUGAGCAGUAGUUCUUAUACUACUGAUGAUGAAGAAAAUAAUGCUGUUACAGGUCUUGAUUCUCCUGGGGUCAGAGUUUGGGAUGCUAAGAGUAGAAGAAAUGUCGCGAAAUUUCAUCACCCACUUGAGACAAGAAAGGUACGCAAGAAGAACCGCCAUUCUCAAAAGUUAACUAAAACCCUGUCAGGGAGAAAAAGGUCUGGAUCAGUCAAUGAGAAUGCUCAUGUCUGGCAAGAGGUUCAAAGGACAAGCUUUUUACUGGGAGAUGGUCAGGACAUAUUGAAUUCUUCUGUUGGUGAUCGCAAACAUGAUGACUUAAGUGAUGACUCCGGGGGAGACAAGUUUGCUAGAAUUUCUAGCGGAUCAAAUGCUUCAUCAUUUAUGUCCUCAACAUCUUUACCGGAAAGUUAUAUGUCAGCCAUCCCCACCAAAACUUCCAUAAUAGCAGAGGCGUUUUUGACGCUGAGAUGCGAGGUAUCAGGUGCCAAUAUUGUGAAGAGUGGCUCAAAAAAUUUUGCUGUGUACUCCAUAUCAGUUACAGAUGUGAAUAACCAUAGUUGGUCCAUCAAAAGAAGGUUUAGACACUUUGAGGAGCUUCAUCGGCAUCUUAAGGAGUUUCCUGAAUAUAAUCUUCAUUUGCCUCCCAAGCAUUUUUUGUCUACUGGUCUUGAUAUUACAGUAAUUCGAGAACGCUGCAAAUUGCUUGAUACAUACCUGAAGAAACUCAUGCAGCUUCCUUCUGUUUCCAGCUCCAUAGAAGUCUGGGACUUCCUUAGUGUUGAUUCUCAGACUUACAUUUUCUCAAAUCCUCUGUCAAUCAUUGAGACAAUAUCUGUUAAUUCAGAUGAUACAAAGCAUGAAACAAAUAAAGAGUACCGGACGAAUGUUGGGUCGGCCAAAUAUCCUGUAUAUUCUGGAAAGGCAAAUCCAAAUGUUGAAUUUAAGGAACCGGCAUUGCAGAAGAAACAUAAUUCCGUGCUGGAAGGAUCAAAGAUUUCAAGGAAUGCAGCAGUCUCUGCUCAAAACAAACCUGUUGAAGUGGGUAGAAAACCAUUGGAGGAUUCAAGUAGUGACUCUGAUGGUGCAAUGCAAAAGAUUUUAACAUCAACCAAGAACUUAGGCAAGACUUCAGACAUGCGUGAAGCUGGUUCGCACUCUUCACUGCCAACUGAUGCUGCUAGUGAUCCAACUCUCCCAAGCGAGUGGGUACCACCAAAUUUGAGCUUGCCAAUAUUCAAUUUGGUUGAUGUCGUUUUUCAGCUACAAGAUGGUGGAUGGAUAAGGAGCAAGGCUUUUUGGGUAGCCAAACAGGUAUUGCAUUUGGGGAUGGGGGAUGCUUUUGAUGAUUGGCUUAUAGAAAAAAUCCAACUUCUGAGGAGGGGUUCAGUGGUAGCAGCAGGCAUUAGACGACUUGAGCAGAUUCUUUGGCCUGAUGGGAUAUUUAUAACAAAGCAUCCGAGGCGCCAAAAAGCUAACCUCUCUGUCAGCCCAUCUCAGAACUCUUCUCAUAGUCAAACACCAAGUCCUCUAUCUUCACCUAAGAUAGAGAAUGUGCAGAUGACAGAUGAUUCACAAGAAAGAGAAGCAUUACGACGAGCUAAAUUGGUUUAUGAUUUAAUGAUUGGUAAUGCUAUCCUGCUUGCAACUGUUGUAUUCUCUCCAGGAAUUUUUGUUGAUAAUUUGAUGUAUGCAUCCUGAACAAUAAAAUGCAGAUAAAGCGCCAGCUGCUAUCGUAAGUCUUGUUGGUCGCAAGGAAUAUGAACACUGUGCAAGAGAUCUCUAUUUUUUCCUUCAGGUGAUCACUUUGCAUAAGAGGUUUAGUUAUUUAAGCGGAGAACUUUGAUGAUCUUUCCAUUUGAACCUUGAAUACGUCCCCGAUUAUUGCACUAUAACACCUUGUAGUUCGAUUAUGAAUGAUAUGCAACCAUGUUUGGUAUUAGUUUCUUGAUUAGGUGUAACAGUGUAACAUUUUUGUUUUUUUGGUUACAAUGUGUAACAUAUUUCAAUUUGUUUGUCUUGCUGAACAGUCAUCGGUUGUUAUGAAGCAGCUAGCUUAUGAUAUUCUUGAGCUGCUGCUCCUGUCAGCAUUUCCAGAGCUGGAUCACGCGUUCAGAGAAUUGCAUGAAGAGAAGGAAAAGUUUGGACAACUAAAAUUAGAUUAGAUUAUAUAAUCAGUAGAUCCAGACAGCAACAGAGAUUCCUUAUCAUCUUGGCAUUUUCUGUUUUCUAUUCUUCAUUUCCAAACGUUGGGGAAAUUUUUGUCCAGAGAUACAAUUGCAGCAAUUCUGCUUCUGCAAACUUGGGUGGAGCAAAUAGGUGGAAGGUGGAUACAGAUAGUAAAUUGUAACUUUGGUUGGCUUUGGCCACAUUGCGGUUGUGUGAUGUAAAUGUUGAGGUUCUUACUAGCUUUAGUGUUGUCAAAUUAUAAGGUGACUCUACCUGUAGGUGUAGAAGUGAUCAGCCACCUCAUCGUUGAAAACAUGUAGUUUUUGUUUCCUGCACCAUAUGUGAUAUGAGUGACAUUACUCAAUUGAUAUUUCACCAUAGGUGACAAACUGCAAGUUUUCUGUCUGUUGAAGAAUUAGAGUUUUAUCAUUCGCCUCUUAGAUUACUAUAUUUUAAUCAUCUCACAGAUGGAGAUUGAUGAGGCGCUUUGCUUUUCUUCUAGAUGGUGUGUGUCUGACUUUUGGAGUUCGUACGAACAUUGAACUACUGAUGUUCUUCCAAAUUUACUGAUUUUGGCUCUGUAAGUAGAGAAAUGACGAUUUCUUUUAUGCAAGUACAAGUCAGUCGUCACUCAGUGCGGCGUGCAGUGGUUAAAGCAUUACCCACGAAGAAGGAAUCAAGCAGGGGAUUCCUAAAUCAGAAACCAGAACGGUAGGAGAAUCUCUUCACUAGGUGUCCAUCUUUGUACACCAACAAACUUCUGGAAGACGCGUAUGGAAUGGAUUUGGAAUCGAAAGAACAAAUAUGGAUUGCUGGUUCAUAACUGCAUAUCAUGUGGCAUAUUUGGAAAGUGGAACGUCAGAUGCACGUAUCCACACAUAAACUUAUUCAGGAGGACAACAAUCUGCAGUGACAACUUGUUGCCAAGCUCAUUAAAUGAAAAAGAAAGGACUAAGAGAAGACAAAAAUGGAGGCAAAAUUUACAUCGGUUCCACUAGUAGCGCAGCCUGGGAAAUCUUUUUCCCAAAUAUUACUGGAACAAAACUUACCCAUUGCGUGUCUUGAGUUCGACGUUCUUGUAGUUUAUUUUAAAUUGUAUAUGCAAGUCUUGGAUCUGUUUUCUAAAUAUACUGUCAAAAACCUCUGAGAAUUUGAUCAAUAUUACUGCUACUAAACUAACUCAAAAAUUGAUAUCAAAAGCAGUCUACCAAAACUAACAGAUUACUCUAUUUGAUAUCGAAGGUCUAGCAGAAUUUACGGAUCACACCCCCUUUCCUAUGCAAGCCCCUCUCCUAUGCAAGACCGCACAAGACCACCACAAUAGUCGCC